AGGGCAGCCCCUUCAUUUGCCUGCUGGACCCUAGGCCUCCAGGGCAUGGGAAGCGCGCGGUGAACGUCCUGGGUCGUUGCGGGCUCGGCUUGGGUCCGCAGCUCUGCCCUCUUCAGAGAGUUACCCAGAGGAGGAAUGAAGAAUGGCUGUUGACUAAACCAAAUACAAGGAGAACGGCCCCAGGGAGGACUAACCAUCUGCAAUACUGAAAGCCAUGGCCGAGGGAUCAGUGAUGUUCAGUGAUGUGUCCAUAGACUUCUCUCAGGAGGAGUGGGACUGCCUGGACCCUGUUCAGAGGGACUUAUACAGAGAUGUGAUGUUGGAGAACUACAGCAAUCUGGUUUCAAUGGGACUUUACACUCCUAAGCCUCAAGUGAUUUCCUUGUUGGAACAAGGGAAAGAGCCCUGGAUGGUUGGCAGAGAGCUUACAAGAGGCCUGUGUUCAGAUCUGGAAUCAAUGUGUGAAACCAAGUUAUUGUCUCUAAAGAAGGAAGUUUAUGAAAUAGAAUUAUGCCAGAGGGAGAUAAUGGGACUGCCAAAGUAUGGCCUUGAGUACUCUAGUUUUGGAGAUGUUUUGGAAUAUAGAAGCCACCUUGCAAAACAACUGGGAUAUCAAAAUGGGCAUUUCAGUCAAGAAAUAUUCACUCCUGAAUACAUGCCCACAUUUAUUCAACAGACAUUCCUUACUCUCCAUCAAAUAAUUAAUGAUGAACACAGACCCUAUGAAUGUAAGAAAUGUGGAAAGGCCUUUAGUCAGAACUCACAAUUUAUUCAACAUCAGAGAAUUCAUAUUGGUGAAAAAUCUUAUGAAUGUAAAGAGUGCGGGAAAUUCUUUAGUUGUGGUUCACACGUUACUCGGCAUCUGAAAAUUCAUACUGGUGAAAAACCCUUUGAAUGUAAGGAAUGUGGAAAGGCCUUCAGUUGUAGCUCAUACCUUUCUCAACAUCAGAGAAUCCAUACUGGUAAAAAACCCUAUGAAUGUAAGGAAUGUGGGAAGGCCUUUAGUUAUUGCUCAAAUCUUAUUGACCAUCAGCGAAUUCACACUGGUGAAAAGCCUUAUGAAUGUAAAGUAUGUGGGAAAGCCUUUACUAAGAGCUCACAACUUUUUCAACAUGUGCGAAUUCAUACAGGUGAGAAACCCUAUGAAUGUAAGGAAUGUGGGAAAGCCUUUACCCAGAGCUCAAAGCUUGUUCAACAUCAGAGAGUUCACACUGGUGAGAAACCCUAUGAGUGCAAGGAAUGUGGCAAAGCCUUUAGUAGUGGCUCAGCACUUACUAAUCAUCAAAGAAUUCACACUGGUGAGAAACCCUAUGAUUGUAAGGAAUGUGGGAAGGCUUUUACCCAGAGCUCACAGCUUCGUCAGCAUCAGAGAAUUCACGCUGGUGAGAAACCCUUUGAAUGUCUUGAAUGUGGGAAGGCCUUUACUCAGAACUCACAACUUUUCCAACAUCAGAGAAUUCAUACUGAUGAAAAACCGUAUGAAUGUAAUGAAUGUGGAAAGGCCUUUAAUAAAUGCUCAAACCUCACUCGACACCAGAGAAUUCACACUGGUGAAAAGCCCUAUAACUGUAAGGAAUGUGGGAAGGCUUUUAGUAGUGGCUCAGAUCUCAUUCGCCAUCAGGGAAUUCAUGCUAAUGAAUAAUGAAAAUUAAAGCUCCUGUCACUUUCCUCAUAUUUUAAACCAAAAUUCACAUGUAAUAGUUACUCUCUUUCACAAUUUUUUAUAACUUUGUAUUUAAAUUUUGUAUUUAAAUGUAUUUCCAAGUUAUAAAUUCAGAGUCUAAAUUGAGAUUCCUUCUCCCCGGCCCUCCAUCAUAUACCAAUGCCAGCUGUUCUAUGGUUCUUUCUUUCAUUGUUUGGUUCUGCUUUCUUGGUGGUGCAUUAUACUCUUGUUUAUAUUUACUUGUGUUUUUAGGGCUAUCUUUUCUGAUUUGUGUAUUUGUGUUUGCACCAGUAUCGCGCUGUUUGAAUUGUUACCUUUAAUAUUUUUAAAUUCCUUGUGAGUCAUAACUUUGUUUUUGAAGUCAGUGUUACUCUUUUAGUUUUAUUUUACAAAUUUACACUUUUAGUUAUUAAGCCAAAAAUCACAAAAAAUUGCAAACUAAAAAGCAAAAAAUAAUUGUAAUCAUACUCAUAGAUGGCUACUCUCAAUUUGGUAAAGAGAAUCUUGCUGUACUUUGCUUUUUGAGAAAGUAUAAUUAUGGUGUGCGUGCUGUAUCUUUAACUGCUUUUAUCAUGCCAAAAAAUUCAUGAGUGCCAUUUCAAUAAACAUAGAUUUUUAUUAUUUUCAUGACAUUUAAUGACUUUA